CCGACCCAUCAUCAUCCUCUCCCGACUGAAUGCAAAACAUUUAGGGACAACAAGGUGUUUCAUGUUUCUUGGAUGCCUGUUUAUAUUCUCAGCCGCUAGCCUCUCCUCUUUUAGCUCCCCAGUUCUUAUAGUCAUAGCUGUGUAUCUAAAUUGAAAGAGAGUAGACCUAAUUAGCUUAACGUGAAAACACUCAUUCAUCUCGAUUUUUUUUAUUUUCAAACCCUAAUUUUGCGGCCGAGCUCUUUGAAUAUGGAUGAAAAUAGCAAGAGUAAGAGAGCAUCAAAUUCCUGGGAAAUGGUUAUGAGUAAUUUCACUGAUGAUCUGUGGACUGAGAUUUUCCUCCGCCUUCCGUUGGAGUCGUUACUCCGAUUCAAAUCGGUGUCCAAAUCAUGGUUCUCCAUUAUUUCGAGCCAUCGUUUCGCCUUAUCACAUCUCGCAAUUGCUCCUAAAGAUGAUCAAAUCCUCAUCGUUCACCAUGAAUCAGGCGAACCCGAAGAAGGAGUGGACGGCCAUUUCUCACUCUAUCAUCUCGAUUCUAGUCGCAUUUUAGAGAAUUUGAAUUUUCCUUACUCGCAAGGUGAGUAUCCCUUUGAGCCAGACUACUCUCUACUUGUUGGUUCGGAAUGUGGUAUUGUUUGUGUUUCGGUUUGUGUCUCCAAGUGGAGGGCUGCCACAAAUAAUGAUGAUUUAUAUCUUUGGAAUCCCGCCACUAAGCAGUCCAAGCUCAUUCCGCCUUAUACUAUACCCAAUGAUACUAUGUUUGGUGUUGCUUUAGGCUUUGGCUUUGAUCACAUUGACUUGGAUUUUAAAGUUGUUAGAGUUAUAUAUGGAGGUCUUUUGGCCGAGGUCUAUUCUUCGAACAGGAAUGGUUGGCGAAAGAUUAAGCAUGAGCUUAUUAAUAUCUACGGACACAUUGAAUUUUAUGUAUGCUUUCACGGAUUUUUGAUAGCAAUGGGAUACUAUAGUGGUAUCAGAGAUAUGAUUGCUUUUGAUUUAAACAAGGAGGUGUUUAUUUGUGAUAUUCAGCUCCCUGUUGGUUCUUCUUAUGAUGUUAAGAGUUCUAUUGGAACGCACAUCGCUGAAUUCAAGGAUACUAUUGCCUUCAUUUCUUAUGAUAGUAUUCGGGACAACAAUAAGAUUAAAUUGUGGACAUUAGACAAUGAGGCAUGUCUUUCUGGCGGUGGAGUUGAGGCAUCAUGGACUAAAGUGCUCAGUCUUGAAGUAGGUGUGCCGUUUAACUUUGUUGAGGGCCUUUUUAACAACAUUCAAUUCUUACUAUUUGAUGUAAGUGGUGAUCGGUUAUUGUAUAACUCGAAUAACAAAUUAACCACGGAAGUCCCUAGUUAUCCUCCCUUUGCACCUUGUGAAUCUCUUAAGUAUACGAAGAGCUUGUUUUCACUCACGGGAUUCAGACGAAUCAAGUGGGCUGCUUAAUCUUUCAGGUUGCAGGAUUCUUCAGAAUGGGAGUUGAGAAUGGAUGAAUGAAGGCAUUUCCAAUUGAUAUUAAUGGUGGAAAGAGUAGCCGCAAGGGAGUUGGAAUUUUUGCUUUAGUGUUUUGUUGAAUUUGCUUAGAUUCUGCUAGUUAAUGUAUUGCUUAGUGUGAUAUUUUGUUGUUUUAAGUAUAUAUUUGCAUGUACUAAUGCUUCACAAAGGGUUUCAGAGUGCAUCUGGUCUGAUCAAAUUAUAUGACAACUUUCUAUGUACAGUACUGCUAAGCAAAACAAGGUGAUCCCUUGUCAGUUUAAUUGAAUGAGUAUAAACAUAUAUAGGAGAUAUAAAUGUAAUAUGUUGCAUAACUAAGCAGAGUUUUAAUUAAUUUGAAUCCUGUGAUAAUCACCAGCGUUAAUGUCAGUAGCCGAAAGCCAGGAUUAAAGUUAUUUCAUUAAACAAAGCUUUAUUUUGAUAAUUCAUAUCUUUCAAUCAGAAAUGCUAUGAAUUAUUUCAUCUAAUUUUGAUAUAAUUGUAAAUUCAUGUCUAACCCAAACGAAUGAAUCAAGUACUAACUGCCAAGCAUCAAUACUGCAUUUUGUAGCUUUGUCAAAUACCAGCUUGGAUAACUUGCAUUUUGUUGACUUGCUGAUGGCAAGGAGAGUGUCGGAGAAAAAAUGACCAGAAAACAGGGUAGAGAGGAAUGUGCAGAAUGGGGGAGAAAAUGAUCUUGACUGUCAGAAAACAGGGUAGAGAGGAAUGUGCAGAAUGGGGGAGAAAAUGAUCUUGACUGUACAAUGUGGUGAUUUGACUCAGGGAGACAGUCCAGAGUGGACAUCAGAUGUGGAACCACUGGAGGCAUUCAGCAAGUUUGAAACAAUGCUGGCAGAGGUAUAAAACAGGAUAGUGUGCAGGAACAACUAUGAGAGAAAAUGGCGAAUCUUCGAAUUUAAGGGGCCAUGUCAAGGUGCCCUAGACUUUCCUUUUCCUCAACACCGCAGAUUUUAAAUCAUCGUUGUUAAACAAUGUAGGUUUUGUUAAUAAUGUUAUGUCUUGUGCAACACUAUGAGUAGAUUACCAUUUGCCAGAUCAAACACGACAAUAUAUGCUUGCAUUAUGUAACUUCAGUUGAUUAUUUUUCACA